AUGGGCGUCGCGAAGGUUCUCCAGACUCGCGAGAGCCUCUACGACAACAGAGCCGGGGAACUGAAUGGCACUACAACGGCAUUGCUCGUCCUUGCCACCGCCUUUGUCGGCCUGCGUUUCUGGGCUCGUUAUCUCAACCGGGCAAGCUAUGGUUCUGACGACUGGAUGAUGGUUGCGGCGCUGGUAUUCGUUUUUAUUUCUGGCGCAAUGAACUAUGCUAUGAUCGCUCAUGGGCUCGGCCGACACGCCGACACAUUGCCGAUAGACGAGCUCGUUACCUUCUUCAAGCUCCUCCUCGCAUUCGAGUGCAUAUACGUCACAGCAGUGAUGCUCGUAAAACUGUCUGUGCUCCAGAUGUACCUGCGCAUCUUCCCAUCACGCGGGUUCAAGAUUGCUGCAGCAAUCAUAGCUGCGCUCGUCGUCGCGUGGUGGAUCGCCAUCGUCGCCGUCUGCAUCUUCCAGUGCAACCCCAUCAGCAAGGCUUGGUUGCCGUGGAUUGACGGCACUUGUAUUGACCUCAAGGAUUCCUUUAUUGGUAAUGCCAUCCCGAAUAUCGUCACGGAUGUUGCAAUCCUAUGCAUGCCUAUCAGGCAGGUCUGGAAGUUGCACGUCACCCUCGCACAGAGGCUGUUUCUGUGCUUCAUGUUUUUGCUCGGCAGUUUCGUAUUGUUCGCUUCUAUAUACCGCUUUACCACCCUCAUGCAAUUCGACACGAGGGACACAACUUGGACGCUUGCCACGGCGUGCACGUGGUGUGUGGUUGAGGUAGCUUGCGGAGUUAUCAGUGGGUGCCUGCCAACGCUGCGGCCGCUCAUGGGUAAAAUCUCGAGCCAGUUCGGUAGCAUGACGAACAGCAAGACGGGGCAAGGUAGCGGCAACAGCAGAGCUUGGCGGCCGACCGAGCUGAUCACCAUCGGCGGAACUGGAGGUAGCAAAUUGGGAGACAGAUACUUCCAACGACUGGGAAACGAAGAGGACAAAUACCGCACCCACAGGGCUAUCACGAGGUCGGAGUCCGUAUCCAAACAGAUCGGCCAUAGUCGUGAUCCGGGUUCGGGAGAUGAACUCCCCCUGAACGGUAGAAUCAAGGAUAACAACAACGUGGACAUGGAGAUCUAA